AUGAUACUAUGCAGAAAAAGGAAUGUGGAAGCUGCAACAGAUCAGAAUACCCUGUCACCUCAAAAACUUCUUUGGAGAAAAGUUUCACGCUUGGAACUUCUAAGGGCAACAAAUGGAUUCAGUGAAUGCAAUUUACUUGGCACUGGGGGUUUUGGCUCAGUAUAUAAAGGCACAAUGUCUGAUGGGAUAGACGUUGCAAUAAAGGUUUUCAACUUGGAAGUAGGAGUUUCCAGAGUUUUGAUAAUGAAUAGGUUGGAUAUAAUGAUAGAUGUUGCAUCGGCAUUGGAAUAUUUUCAUCAUGGUUGUGAAACACCUAUCAUCCAUUGUGAUCUGAAGCCCAGCAACAUACUACUAGAUGAUGAUAUGGUUGCACAUGUUGCUGAUUUUGGCAUUGUAAAACUCCUAGGUAGCGGAAAUUCUACGACUCAUACCAUAACCCUAGCAACCAUUGGUUAUAUGGCUCCAGAGUAUGGGAUAAAAGGAAUAGUUUCGAGAAGAGGGGAUGUGUACAGCUUUGGUAUUGUACUGAUGGAAACAUUCACAAAGAGGAAGCCAACAGACGAGAUGUUUGGUGUGGAGAUGAGUAUGAAGCAAUGGGUUGCAGAUUCACUAUUUCCAGCUGGAAUAGUUGAAGUUGUAGAUGCCAAUUUAUUUGGGACUGAAGAAGACGAUGAUUUUGUGAGCAAGGAGUGUUUAUCAUCCCUUAUGAGAUUGGCUCUAGUGUGUUGUGCAGAAUCGCCAGAAAAGAGGAUAAGUAUGCAAGAUGUGCUAGCCAUGCUCAACAAAAUCAAGACCAAGUUUUUGAAGAAAGCUGCAGGAGGUGCUGUGUAA